AUGGCAGCAGAACCCAUUCGGAGGAUCCAUGAGCCCAGUGACCUGUGCAUGUCUCCUGUGGCCAGGGCUUCGGCACCUGCAGCGUCGCCAUCAAUAUGGCCCGUGAUUUCAGCCAAUGAGGUUGGGGGUCAUGCGGAUCGUGAUGCAGCCCAACUGUCUGCAAAGGUUUGUCGAGGCGUGUCCUUUUUUCGGCAGCAGGUGCAGGCAGCUGUUGAAGGGCGGCAUGAUCCAGUCGUCCAUCAGAUCUUGUCACUUGCUGAUGCUUUGGAGCAGGAAGUUGCAGGCAACGGAGUCGAUGCCGGCUGCACAGUGCAAGUGUCUCCAAUCCGUCUUCCUGGUUCACAGGUCAUGUUGCCUUCCGCUGCUUUGUCCGGCAUGGCGUCGCCAGAUAGAAGCUACGAGUCAAUGCGGCAAACUCUACAGGAGACUCAAAAAAGAUGUGAGCUCAUGUUAACCCGCAUCCAGAAGGAAAGCGAGGUCAACCGCGGACUCGUAAAAGCACGCGAGACUGCGGAAGAGAGUUCUCGGAAACUGGCUAACCAGGUCAACCAGCUCACCGAGCAGAUUGGCCAAGCGGUUCGCCAAAAGGUGAAAGCAGAGGAACAGUUGCAGGAUGUGCAGAGGCGGACAGAAAUCGAGGCGGACUUGCGGGAGAAGGACUUGGCACGAAGACUGGCAGCAGUCCAGCAAGAUGCAGACGCAAGGUGCGCGGCCUUGCAGACGGGACUGGUCACCAAGUUGCAGUGCAUGCGGCGUGUUCUUGACAAGGUGAGGUCGGAUUUCAGCCGCUUGCGAGCUGAUCAUGCAGACAGCCGCAAAUCGGUGUUGGUUCUCAACGAGGCUUCUCUUCAGCUGACUUUGCCACAGGUACCACGUGACAGUGAGCAUCGUGUUUGUUGUUUGUAG